CAUAGAUAAAUAGUAUCACAAGUUGUGCACUUUUUUUCCUACAGGGGUUUUGGCCAAAAACCUGUAUAAAAAGCCCCAUAAUAUCUGACAAGAAACUAGCAACAUUCAAAGAGUUGCAGAUUUUGUAUAGAUAUCGAUCAUGUCUGUAAAACAAGCCAUGGAUUCCCUGAUACAAACCAUGGAGCCAUUGCCCAUGGCCCUUCUUUUCGUUAUCCCUUUGUUACUCCUCCUAGGCCUCAUCUCUCGACUUCGGAGAAAACCAUUUCCUCCAGGGCCUAAAGGGUUGCCACUUAUCGGUAACAUGAUGAUGAUGGACCAGUUAACUCACCGUGGACUUGCGAGGCUUGCUCAGAAAUAUGGCGGCAUAUUUCACCUCAAGAUGGGGUUCUUGCACAUGGUUGCUAUAUCUAAUCCUGAAAUGGCUCGCCAGGUUCUCCAGGUUCAAGAUAACAUUUUUUCGAACAGGCCAGCCACCAUAGCCAUCAGUUAUCUUACGUAUGACAGGGCGGAUAUGGCUUUUGCUCAUUACGGACCUUUCUGGAGACAGAUGCGCAAGCUCUGCGUGAUGAAGCUUUUCAGCAGGAAAAGAGCUGAAUCAUGGGAGUCCGUUAGAGACGAAGUGGAGACUCUCAUUAAAGCUGUUUCAGCCAACACUGGGAAGGCAAUCAAUGUGGGUGAGUUGAUCUUUAACCUCACAAAGAACAUUACUUACAGGGCAGCGUUCGGUUGUAGCUCGCAAGAAGGGCAAGAGGAGUUCAUCAAGAUCUUGCAGGAGUUCUCCAAGCUUUUUGGUGCUUUCAAUAUUGCGGAUUUCAUUCCUUGGCUCGGUUGGGCUGAUCCUCAAGGACUCAACACCAGGCUGGAGAACGCUCGUCAUGCAUUGGACAAGUUCAUUGACACCAUCAUCGACGAUCACAUUCAGAAGAGGAAGCGAAACGACGGCUGUGAUGAAGGUGACACCGACAUGGUCGAUGAUUUACUUGCUUUCUACAGUGAAGAAGCCAAAGUAAACGAAUCAGAGGAUCUUCAAAAUUCCAUCAAAUUCACCAGGGACAACAUCAAAGCCAUUAUCAUGGUAUGUUCCUCUCUUCACAUAGACUUCAAUUCCACUGUACCAUCAAAACAUGGCAACGUUCCAUUUUCUUUUCUCGAUCGUUUCAGGAUUCGAACUUGAAUGCAAAAUUUUCUUUUUUUUUUU